AUCCCGUUUUUCGAUGAAAAUUGACGGUUUUACCGAUAAAUUAGGGUCGCAAUUAUAAGUAUUACUGUGGGGGAUCUCCAUCACCUUCAUUCUCCUUUCGAUCGCUUCAAUUUGGUUCCUUUCGUCUCUUUCUCCAUCACCUCAAUCUAGGGGAAUUCUGAAUUCAUCAGCAAAAAAAAAAUUGUAAAUGAUUGUAGGAGCACACUAGAAUCUCUUUCAAGUACUAUUUGUGUGUGAUUCGAGAAUGUCUUAUGAAGAAGUUUUGAAGGCUGUUCUUCCUUUACUUGAUGGAAGAGACCUUGCCUCUUGUAUGGUGGUCUGUAAGCAAUGGAGAGACAUAGCUGGAGAUGAUUACUUUUGGAAAUGUGCCUGUGCCAAGAGAUGGCCUUCUGUUUGUAAGCAGCCCAACCCUCCCACCACAACCUAUUACAAGCUAUACCAGACCUUUUAUAGGAGGCAGGAUUGCCGAACUCUUCUCCCUCCUAGACUUUCCUUUGAUGUUCUGGAAUUCUACAUUGACAUUUGGGCUGAAGAUAAAUUAAUUUUCUCUGAAGUGGUUCCUGGCCCUAUCCUCCAGGCUGGAAUCAAGAGCCCACCCACUGGAAUAUGCGAUUUGCUUAGGUUUCAUCUUGAGGGUCCUGAGUAUAAGAUGACCUUACCUGUUGAGCCAAGGUUCACUGUCCCUUUGAGCCAGACUGUUAGUGUUUCAGUGCUUGUGGGGCGGAAGGAUUUCAAUAAAGUUGCUUGCAUAAUUAACAAAUCUGUGUUUGAUUACAUAGAUCGAACAGCAUAUAGGGCCUUAGCAUUUGAUUACCUAGACUUCUCCCCAGACUACCCAUUCGUUUCAGGAGUUCGGGCAUGGAUCUCUUUGCUUUUCAUGGACAAUGGCAAUGAUGGUCUCAUUGAUGUUUUUGGGAUUGAAAUGGAUUUCUGUGAUGUUGCCGAUUCUAAAGAUGCGGUUUUAUGGCUAUUAGACAUGCUUGAUUGGAAGUGAAGAUAGAUGUUUCUUGCCUCAUGGGGAGAAGAAGCCCCAGACACUUAAUGUAAUAACGUCUUGUAUGAACUGUUCUUUUCCUUGGGGAUGCUAUCUACUGAGCAUAAUUCAAAUUCCCCUGCCCUGUCCCAAGUAACAUUGUUUUCCAGCAUUUUGAAGAAGUUUGUACAUAUCUUUUCUGUUAAUUAUCGCCAUUAAAUAUAAAUUGUUGUUGUAUUUUGCGUAUGCACAUGACUCUUUUCUCCUUUUCCAUCAGAAGUUUGAUUGUACUUUAGUUUGUUCUGUGAAGGGUUUGUGAUCAAAUGUGCGGCAGGCAUUGUAUGUUUU